AUGAAAGAUCUUGGAGAACUCAAAUUCUUCUUAGGAAUUGAGGUGGCAAGAUCCAAGGAUGGAAUAGUACUAAGACAGAGAAAGUAUGCUUUAGAGCUUGUGUCUAAAGCUGGUUUAAGUAGUUCAAAACCUACAAAUACUCCACUUGAUAUAAACCAUAAGCUAAUAUCUGUUGAAUAUGAUAAACACCUCAGUAUAGAGCAUAUGAAUGAUGAUGAAGUGCUCAAAGACUUUUCGGUAUAUCAGAGGCUGGUUGGUAGGUUUCUUUAUUUGACCAUUACUAGACCUGACUUGGCCUUUGUUAUACAAGUGCUAAGUCAGUAUAUGCAUUGUCCAAAUAAGUCACACAUGAAAGUUGCCUUGAUAGUAGUAAGAUAUGUCAAAGGCACUCUAGGUGUUGGUUUGUUAAUUCCAGCAGCUAGCACAAAUCAGCUAGUGGAAAAUUGUGACUCUGACUGGGGAGCAUGUUUGCAAACAAGAAGAUUAGUUACAAGAUACUUGGUGAAAUUUGGUGGAGCUUUGAUAUCAUGGAAGUCAAAAAAACAAAAAACAGUAUCCAGAAGUUCUGCAGAAGAAGAAUUUAGAAGUAUGGCUAUGUGUACAACAGAGAUUACCUGGUUAAUUGAAUUAUUGAAGGAAUUGGGAGUGCAAGUCAAGAAGCCUAUAAGUUUGUUAUGUGAUAGUAAGGCUACAAUUCAAAUUGCUACAAAUCCUAUAUUUCAUGAAAGAACCAAGCAUAUUGACAUAGAUUGUCACUUUGUGAAGGAGAGAAUAACUCAAGGAAUGAUCAAAACUGAACAUGUAUUGAUACAAUGCUAA